GCAUUGACCAUGUCAGCAUUAGAUUGGACCUAGAAACAUUAUUCCAGUUCAGCCAUCUUGUCCUGACCUUUAAGACAUUUCGGCCUGCAGCGAUGCUGGUUGAGCGCUCUACCGACUUCGGUCAGACCUGGAAAGUGUUCAGAUAUUUUGCACAGGAUUGUGCAGCUUCUUUUCCCAAUGCCUCUUCUGGUCCAGCAAAAAGUGUGGGAGACAUCGUUUGUGAUUCAAGAUACUCAGAUAUCGAGCCCUCCACUGAUGGCGAGGUUGUUUUAAAAGCUUUGGAUCCCAGCUUUGAAAUAGAAAAUCCAUACGUGCCAUAUAUUCAAG